CCUUUUGUCUCUCUGUCUCUUUCUUCUUCUUCUCAUCGCACCUUCCUCUCUUUUGCCUCUCAAGAAAAAUAUGCCCACCUUGACUUGACAACACCUUCAACAUACAUAUACAACACAUGUAUAUGUAUGUAUGUCUAUAUAUAUAUAUACAUACCUAUACCUUACACAAUCACCUAUCUGAAACACCAGUUCCUUGCAAAAACCCAUUUCUCUUCUCUUCCAAUUCAACGCUUGAAGAAGAGAAACCUGUUCCCUUUUCCUGUUUCAAGAGAGGAGAGAAUCUGGCAUUGAAUUUCUACCUUCUUAAUAGUAUUGUAGCUAUGCCUCUGAACCAGUUAUACUGCUUCGUACCCAUGGACAAGGCCAAGACUUCGUCCUCCUCAGGGUGUGAAGAAUCUUCUCUGCCUCUGUCUGGCUUGCUCGACUUUUUCCUCGUUGGUUUUCUCAGAUGGGUUUUGAGCGCUCAGAGCUUUUUCUCAAGAUUUUGGCAUCUUCUCCAGCAGCAGCUCGCUUUCGAGAAGAAGAACGAGGAGCUUGAGCUCUCAAACCAAUGGAGUUUCCGCAAGCACGAAGGUGAAAUCUGCAGAGAGGAAGUGGAGACGGUGAUGAGAAGUUUGGGACUUUUCUGCAAACAAGAGCAUGAGGGGCUUCAAGAACGGUACAGUUCAGAGGAGAUUUCGAGUUUGUUCGAAGAGAAAGAGCCAAGCUUGGAGGAAGUGAAAGAAGCUUUUGACGUCUUUGACGUAAACAGAGAUGGGUUCAUCGAUGCAACCGAGUUGCAGCGAGUUCUAACCACACUAGGGUUAAAGGAAGGAUCUGACUUGGAGAAUUGCAGGAAAAUGAUCAGAUCAUUUGAUGGAAACGAAGAUGGAAUGAUCGAUUUUCACGAAUUUGUGAAAUUCAUGGAGAACAGAUUCUGCUGAAUCAUAAUAGUGUAACAAAUGGGUUUUUUCAUUCAAAUCUUUGCUUCUCUUUUUCCAUACAAUCACUACAAUCCUCCGUCUGUCUUGGCUUUACACGAGGAGACAGUAUGUACAUAGGUUUUCUGUAUCCUUCGUUGUCAGAAUUCAUAAUUUCAUAUCAACAUGAAAAGACCAUGCCUUUGAACGUUUUCAGAA